AGGAAGCAGCAAGCCGCUGUAUGUAGAGAGCCACUGCAGGUGAUGACCUCGGAAAGUUCACCCCUCCUGCAUUAUCGCCUCUUCAGCGUAGCAGAUGGCGUUCUUGGAGCACAAGGAUCUACCACUUGCGGGACCGACUCUGUACAGCCCGGAGCUGGUCCUGUCCCCCGCAAGCUGUCUACAUUUUUUGGUGUGGUGGUACCCACCAUACUGUCUAUGUUUAGCAUUGUGGUCUUUAUGAGGAUAGGUUUUGUUGUGGGACAUGCCGGCCUUCUGCAGUCUCUGCUCAUGCUGUUCGUAGCAUAUGCCAUCAUCUGGCUGACUGUGCUCAGUGUCUGUGCUAUCUCUACCAAUGGGGCUGUCCAAGGAGGUGGUGCAUACUUUAUGAUCUCACGUACUUUGGGCCCUGAGUUUGGUGGCAGUAUUGGUCUGAUGUUUUAUUUGGCGAACGUCUGCGCAUGCGGAGUGUACGUUUUGGGAUUGGUAGAGGCUGUGCUGGAUAUAUUUGGCAAAGACUCCUCUGACCCUACAAAUACUCUGAGGUCCCUCCCCCAAGGAUAUGGAUACAGCUAUUUGUAUGCCAGUAUAGUCCUUCUGCUAUGUCUUUCGGUUUGCCUAGUUGGUGCUUCCAUCUAUUCCCAGGCAGCUUUCUUCAUCUUUCUCCUGGUUCUCUUGGUCCUUUUGUCCAUCCUAAUUAGUUUUCUAGCUGUUGGACCACUUCAUGUCAUCAUUCGACACGGGGGAAAUGUUACCUUUAUUGGAGAGUAUACCGGUAUCAACAGCAGCACAUUGCAUGAUAACCUGCAUGCUGAUUACUCCCUGGAUUACACAACUGGUAACCUCAUGAAUUUUGCCACUGUAUUUGCGGUCAUGUUUAAUGGCUGCACUGGCAUCAUGGCAGGAUGCAACAUGUCUGGGGAACUUAAACAGCCGAGCCGUGCCAUCCCUAUAGGAACCAUAAUUGCCGUUAUUAUCACAUUUUUCGUUUACUUGAUUCUCUUCAUCCUUACUGCACUGACAUGCGAUAGGACGUUAUUGAAGGAAGAUUAUGGAUUCUUCAGGCCUAUCAAUAUAUGGCCUCCGUUUGUCCUGAUUGGUGUUUACGCUACCUCCUUAUCUGCCUCUAUGAGCACUCUCAUUGGAGCUUCUCGUAUCCUGCAUGCUCUUGCAAAGGACGAUCUCUUUGGAAUCUUGCUGGCACCAGCUAAGGUGGUAUCCAAAGGAGGCAACCCCUGGGGUGCAGUGUUGUAUACUUGGUUCUUAGUACAGCUUGUCCUUUUAGCAGGUAAGCUGAACACUAUUGCUGGAAUAGUAACCGUUUUCUACCUCAUGGCAUAUGCUGCAAUAGACCUGGCCUGUCUGGCAUUAGAAUGGGCAUCAGCACCUAAUUUCCGUCCCACAUUCAAUCUCUUUUCUUGGCACACGUGUCUCCUGGGAAUCGUGAGCUGCUUGGUGAUGAUGUUCCUAAUUAACGCUGCUUAUGCCUCAGGCAGCAUUGUCCUUCUCCUCUUACUUCUGGGGUUCAUACACUUCAGGAGCAGUAGCAGCAGCUGGGGGUACAUCAGUCAGGCCCUCAUCUUCCAUCAGGUCAGGAAAUAUCUUCUCCUCCUUGAUGUGCGGAAAGAACAUGUGAAAUUUUGGCGCCCACAAAUUCUACUUAUGGUUGCUAACCCUCGAACCUCAUGUCAACUUAUAAAAUUCGUAAAUGAUCUGAAGAAAGGUGGGCUUUACAUCCUGGGACACAUUGAGACUGGGGAUCUCGAUACCUUACCUUCUGACCCUGUGCAGGCUCAUUACAGUUUCUGGCUUAGUUUGGUCGAUAAACUGAAUGUUAAAGCAUUUGUAGACCUCACACUGUGUACAUCUGUUCGACAAGGAACACAGCAUCUCCUACGCAUUACUGGGUUAGGAGGCAUGAAGCCCAACACCCUGGUACUUGGUUUCUAUGAUGACGCAACCCCAGAUGAUUACUUUCUGCUGGAUGCAGCCUUUACCCCAGGCCUGUCUCCUCAAGAUGAUCCCUUUGGUGUAGAUGCCACUUCUUUGCAAGCCCACUUUCCACCUGCCCGAGGUCCAGAAUCACCAAGAUCCUUUUCUUCUGAGGACUAUGUUGCUAUGAUCUGUGAUGCUCUAAAGAUGCACAAAAACAUUGUUUUAGCUCGAGCUUUUCCUAGCUUAAAUAGGCCAGAAUCAUUAGACUCACGUUCACAUAUGUAUAUUGAUGUCUGGCCACUGGAUCUCCUUCGUCCCCAGGCUUCAGCAUAUGUAGAUGUAUGCAGCCUCUUUCUGUUGCAAAUGGCAUGCAUCCUCAAUAUGGCUGCAUCCUGGCGUCGAUAUCAGUUGAGAGUCUUCCUGUGUGUUGAAUCUAGGAGUGGAGACAACAAUGGCAGUUUUUGGAUAGCUGCUGAAGCAAAGUUCCGUGAACUACUGGGCAAGUUACGCAUUCGUGCUUCCAUCCGGGUAGUAGCUUGGGAUAGCGUUGCUGCACUGCGUAUCCAAACUAAUGCACAACCUGGACUGACACGUGAACCAAUAUCCUCUGAGUACCUUACUGCUGCAAAUCGCAUAGUGGCAGAGGAAGGGGGUGCAGAGUCAGCUGUACGAUUUCUCUAUCUCCCACGUCCACCAGCAGACUCCUCACUGCAUGAACGUUAUUUGGAGGAACUAAAAGAACUGACUGAAGGUCUUGGCCCUACACUCCUCAUACAUGGCCUAACACCUGUCACUUGUACAGAGCUCUGACCAACAUUUUCUUCUUGUCUCAGCUUUUUGAUGUGGUAACUUUACACUUAUUUUUUUUUAUUAUUUUUUUUCAGGUCCCUUUUUUUGACCUCUCCUCUUUAGAUUCCCAAAAAUCUUUGCAUUUCACUGCCCUCUUCCUUCCUUCAUAACUAGCGGUCAGGAAUUCUCAGAUUAAACAUUUUAUUUUGCUGAA